AUGUCUGUUGGUGAUCGUAGAAAAAGUUUAUUAAAAAUUGUCAUUCUUGGCAAUUCUGGUGUUGGUAAAACUUCUUUAAUGAAUCAAUAUGUAAAACAAAAAUUUACCAAUCAGUAUAAAGCUACUAUUGGAGCUGAUUUCUUAACUAAAGACAUCAGAAUUGAUGAUAGACUUGUGACAAUGCAGAUUUGGGAUACAGCUGGUCAGGAAAGAUUUCAAUCACUAGGAGUUGCUUUUUAUCGUGGAGCUGAUUGUUGUGUUCUUGUCUAUGAUGUAACUGAUACUGCCUCAUUUAGACAACUUGAUUCAUGGAGAGAUGAAUUUUUAAUUCAAGCAAAUCCUAGAAAUCCUGAAAGUUUUCCUUUUGUUUUAAUUGGAAAUAAAAUUGAUCUUCCAAAUCAUGCAGUAACAGAACAACGUGCUAGAAAAUGGUGUGAAUCAAAGAAUGGAAUACCAUAUUAUCAGGUAUCUGUUAAAGAAGGAACAAAUAUUGACGAGGCAUUUAAUGAAAUUGUAAGAAACGCUCUCCAACGUGAAAAUACAGAUGUACAUGAUUUUCCAGAGUAUGAUGAUCAAAUUCGCCUUAGUGAUAGAAGCAACAACAAAAAUAAUGGAGGAAGUUGCAACUGCUAA